AAGAGGCAUGAUGUGGAUGAGAGUUGUUUAAUUAGGAUUUGACUCGAACUGAGCUGUGAUUGCUAUAAAGCUACAUGAUAAAUCUUCUCCCAUAUACUCCCUCACUGACUUUAAGUCCACAAAAGAGAUUGUCCAGAACCCACUAGCAUGCUUAACCAUGAUACAUUAUUUAGACUAAAAAUUGCACUCAAUCUAAAUUAAUUUCAUAUUAUCACACACUUAUUGUGAUACAUUCGAAUCAUAGAGCUGGAAUUGUAAAAUUCAUGGUUCAAAUGUGUAUUAUUUAAAUUAUUUCUUUGAAGGUAAUCAAGUUAUGGCUCCCAGCAGAAAACAUAAGGACGAUGGUAAGAUCCAAGAUGAAGAAUUGCAUGGGACAAGAAAACAAGAAAAUGUUGAGAGAUCUCAGUUCAAUAAUAUUUGGUGCCAGAAUGUCCAUACAGAUGGCGAAAGAUGAAAUCAAAGAAAUCUGCACUGAAAAUGAAAACCUUGAAGUAAAAGAUCAUUAUAUCGGCAAUGAAACUGCAUCAGCUUUGUCUGAUGUUGAGAUGGAAGACGAUGGUUUAGAUGAAAUUUAUGCAUUGUCUGUUGUUAAUAAACAAGACAACGGUGAAGAUGAAAUUUAUGGAGAACAUGAAAUUCAGGAGUGUGAAUGUCAGGAGGAAACAAAUUUUAGUCAAUAUUUUCAACAUUGCGAUAAGGAUCAUAACAAAUAUAUAUCUAUUGAUGAAUUCAGUUUAGAACAUCUACCUAAAGCAUUAUCUGACAGUAUUUUUUAUGACUACAUCAAAUUUAUUGCUGACUUGACAGUUAGAGUGGACGUUAAAAUGACCAGUCCACGCAGACCUGAGGUUUGGCAAAGGACAAAAAAUGUCAAAUACCCCUCCUACGACUUAAGGGGUAAAACAAACUUAAGAACAGGGACUGGAAUUGUUAGCUUGAUUUAUAGGUUCACCAAUGGAAUUAGAAAUUCUGGAGGUAGAUAUGAAAAAAAACACACAAAAUGCUGGUGUAGAAAAUGUCAACAUUCAGAAAUACCCAGUAGUAUGUGGUGGGAGUUUGAUGUUGAUACCGCCAGUCAUGUGGUUUUUGACGAAACAGAAGCAGACAACACUUCAGUAUUAUUGUUUUACGAUAGAAAAGAAAGUCAAAAUGUCAUUGUUGAUACGGUAACAUUUAAAUAUAGUGAAGUUUGUAAUUACAAUGACAGAUGCUAUUUGCAAUGUGUGACAUGUGACGAAAGUUUGGGAAAGAAACUAGACACAGUGUGGAAACAGUUUCACAGGAAAUUUUCGACAACAGCUUUGACGAAUUACAUAAACUCUACCAGAGUUUUGGAAAAUUUUAUGUUCAUUGUGUCACAUCCACAUGGAUCUCCUAAAAUGAUCAGUAUUGGUCAAUGGAAGGACAAAAUCCAUAAAACUUCAGGCCAAUUUCAAUUUACUUACACAGCUAGCACUUGCCGAGGAAGUAGUGGUGCCUGCGUUGUGUGCUUGGGAUAUACUGGACUUUUGAGUCACCUUACACACAGGGGAACAAGAACAAAUUUAAGAUUAAAUCACAGUGGAACUGGUCAUUUUUUAAAGUAUAAAGUGUGAAGUGUUGAGGCUAACAAUAUUGAUAUUUUAAAUAUUUUGUGUUACAGUUUUAUAUUAAGCAUAGAUCUGAAUCAUUCAUGUAAUUAAUUUGAAAUAGUUCUCGAAUAUUAAUAAUAUUGCUAGUGCAAUGUCAUACUUACGGGAUGCUCAAUGCACUAUGGUCCAAUCACUUUUGUGGACCAGUUUGGGGAGGGGAAGGAAGUUGGGGUAUCUGGGAGGUUUUUAAAAAGAAAUUUAAAUGAAAAAAAAUGAAAAAGUUGUUUCAUUUAAUUUCGAACUCAAUGGCUCAAGCCCACAUACUAACUACUGAGCCAGCCAAGAGCGUAUGAAAAUAAAAGCUUUUAGGUUAUCUAUUGUUAAUUAAAAAAUCGUGGGCGACAAUCUAAUUCUCUCUACAGGGCUUAUUUCCCCUUAUCUAGAACUGAACUAUUUAAAUCAAAACUAAUUAACUAUGACUCGUAAAAUAAUGUAUCCAUUUUACGAUUGACUUAUGGUAUGUAAGAGGCAACGAGUAAUUGUACAAAGUUUCAACCUGAUCCAAUAAUGGAAAGUGAGAGAAAUACUGUGUACAAGAUUCCAUUCAGAUAUAAGCUUUGUAAUUUAUAAAAAAAGGGAAAUUGGGAAACUUAAAAGAAAUAAAAAGAAAUUAAUCGUGUCAUUUAUGCUAAUCUUAAAAUUUAUCAUAUGAUAAAUGCGUCUCACAAAUGUCUUAAACUUGCAUUUUUCCCUUUUUGUUUUCGAUGUCAAAUAAUAUAUGAAUGUUAACUUACUCUAAUAUUUAAACAAAAAUGUUGAACUUGUUUAAAUUACAUUUUUUAACUGCUGUAACUCCACAACCUUGUGUUCUUUAAACAUGCCACGAAGCAUCCAUUAUUAAAAAUAAUUCUGAAAAUGUAGAUCUAAUAUGUGAAGGAUUUUCUACGUACAUAUAGCGCUCGUAAAUCUGUCGUGAUACUCGUAAGAUUAUCUUGGUGUUGAGUAAGUCGCGGACUUUGUUUUGUUACGCAAAAGUCCUCAACAUCAUGGGCAAAAAAAAAGUUUUUGACAGUCGGGAGAAAUUCAAUCGAUCUGACAAGAAAAGUCGAAAGUCGAGAAAAAUUGUGUUAGUGGAGAGAUUUUUUAUUUUUUUUUUCAGAACACUUGAGUCGAUCUUGUUGCAGACUGCUUUCGCAAAGAUACACUGUUUAAAAAAUCUUACUUUGAAGAUUAAACACCGUAGGCCUGUAUUAUUUUAAAUAUAUUAAUUUUGGAAACAUUUCUAUUAAUGUCGUAUUACUUUGUUAAUAUUGGAUUUAUGACUAUGAAAAUACUUUUUUUGUUGCUUUAGAAAUAAGUUCUUUAGUUAUGUCUGGACGUUGCAAUCCCUCUUCGGGGAGAUGGGCUAAGCACAGAUUGAGAAACGCUGUAAUAAGUGUUGAUUUUUGUGUUAUAUGUUUUUUCGGUGCUUCUAUACUUCGACUGUAAGCUGCAAAUGUAUUUUAUUUUUUUAUUUUGUAAUUUUUAUAAUUAUAUUAUUAUACCUACAUGUAUUUUUAUUACUAGCAUUAAGAUGUAUUUGGACUUUGAACGUAUCAUGAUUCGUUAAUUCACUUAUUUUUAUGCAUUGAAUGCGUAAGUUACAGAUCUGACAAACAUAAAAUACACGUACAUUGUAAAACUUUAACUUUUGAUACCAACUAUUACAUAUAUAAUAUUACAUUAUUAAUCAAACUGUAA